CCCCCCAAAAAAAAAAAAAAAAAAAAGUUGAAGAACUCCCACGCUCUGUUCUCUUGCUUUGAGGACUGCAGCAAGUGCAACUACGCCUGCUCGCAAUUCUCAAAGCUAGAUUAAAAUUUGUUCAUUUCCCCUUUUUCCUUUUUUUACUGUUUAUUGCCUUAAGAUUCACCAUUCCCAUAAACCAAAACACAUGCCCUCUCAUUCCCCAAGCUCACUUCAUCAUCGCUACCACUUUCUUCCUCCUCCUCUUCUUCUUCUUCUCAGCUUCCUCUGUUUUUCUCCUCUGAGUUCGAGUUCUCCAUAGCCAUUUUCUUCAUCUGGGUAAGCUCAGAAUCAACAAAAAAACAAGAAGAGGAAGAAGAAGGAGGAGGAGAAGAUGAUUACUCUUGCAGAUUUCUACCAUGUAAUGACUGCAGUGGUUCCUCUUUAUGUGGCCAUGAUUUUAGCUUAUGGGUCCGUGAAAUGGUGGAAGAUCUUCACUCCCGAUCAGUGCUCUGGAAUCAAUCGUUUUGUUGCUCUAUUUGCAGUUCCUCUUCUCUCUUUUCACUUCAUUUCCACAAACAAUCCCUACGCUAUGAACUUACGGUUUAUUGCUGCAGACACUCUCCAAAAGCUCAUUGUUCUUGCUGUUCUUGCUGUUUGGAGUAACAUAAGUAAAAGGGGUUGUUUGGAAUGGACGAUUACUCUGUUUUCCCUUUCAACUUUGCCCAAUACUCUUGUUAUGGGGAUUCCUUUGCUUAAAGGAAUGUAUGGGGAGUUUUCAGGGAGCUUGAUGGUUCAGAUUGUUGUACUUCAGUGUAUUAUUUGGUACACAUUGAUGCUGUUCAUGUUUGAAUAUAGAGGAGCCAGAAUGCUGAUUUCUGAGCAAUUUCCAGACACUGCUGGUUCUAUAGUCUCAAUCCAUGUCGAUUCUGACAUUAUGUCGUUAGAUGGAAGGCAAGUUUUGGAAACAGAGGCUGAGAUUAAAGAAGAUGGGAAGCUUCACGUGACUGUGAGGAAAUCAAAUGCCUCAAGAUCAGAUAUCUUCUCGAGAAGAUCCGUGGGAUUAUCUUCUACAACUCCACGGCCUUCAAACUUGACCAAUGCAGAGAUUUACUCUCUGCAAUCUUCUCGAAAUCCUACCCCUAGAGGCUCAAGUUUCAACCACACUGAUUUUUACUCUAUGAUGGCUGCCGGUGGAAGAAACUCUAACUUUGGCUCAUCUGAUGUUUAUGGCCUUUCGGCGUCAAGAGGGCCGACACCUAGGCCGUCUAAUUACGAGGAGGAAGGCGGCGGGGGCAAUGGCGGAAAGCCAAGGUUUCACUACAAUGCCACAACAGGAGGCAAUGCAAAUGCAAAUGCUAAUGCAAAUCAUUACCCUGCUCCAAACCCAGGAAUGUUUUCACCUACAGGGUCCAAAAAUGCACAACCAAAUGCUAAGAAGCCUGCCAAUGGGGUUGUGGGUCAGCAGAAAACAGAGGAUGGAAGCAGAGACUUGCAUAUGUUUGUUUGGAGUUCAAGUGCUUCCCCUGUUUCUGAUGUUUUUGGGAACCAUGAAUUUGGGGCUCAUACUGAUCAGAAGGAUGUAAGAUUGGCUGUCUCUCCUGGAAAAGGUAAGUUUCUUGAAUGGAUUAAAAUUUUUCAUUUUCAUUUCUGUUCCAUUUUUGUUAAUGGGAUUAAUAUUUCAGUGGAGGUUCGUAGAGAAAACCAAGAGGAAUAUGCAGAGAGGGAAGAUUUCAGCUUUGGAAACAGAGAAAUGAUGAACAGUAACAACAAUGGAGGAGGAACAGAGAAAGUUGGUGAUAUUAAACCCAAAACCAUGCCACCCACCAGUGUUAUGACAAGGCUAAUCUUGAUCAUGGUUUGGAGAAAACUCAUCAGAAACCCUAACACUUACUCUAGUUUAAUUGGUCUCACUUGGUCCUUAGUCUCCUUCAGGUGGAAUGUUGAAAUGCCAGCCAUUAUUGCAAAGUCCAUUUCUAUACUAUCUGAUGCAGGGCUGGGAAUGGCCAUGUUCAGUCUUGGUUUGUUCAUGGCUUUGCAACCAAGGAUCAUAGCAUGUGGAAAUACCAUAGCAGCUUUUUCAAUGGCUGUGAGAUUCCUUACAGGUCCAGCUGUAAUGGCUGUUGCUUCCAUUGCUGUAGGCCUUAGAGGAGUUCUCUUACGUGUUGCCAUUGUUCAGGCAGCUCUCCCACAAGGAAUUGUCCCCUUUGUCUUUGCCAAGGAGUACAAUGUACAUCCUGAUAUUCUUAGCACAGGAGUUAUCUUUGGGAUGUUGGUUGCUUUGCCGAUUACGCUUGUUUACUACAUUUUGCUGGGGAUUUGAGGGUGUGGAAAGUCAACCAUGGCUGCGGCCGCCAUGAGAGGGCAUUUCAAAAGCUUCAAAGCUUUGAGACAAGAAUUUAGAGAGGGAUAAAAGAGGGAGAGAAGUCAAAUGAAGAAGAAGGAGAAAGAGAAGCAAUUGUGGAUGAAUCUUCUUUGCAAAGUAGAAGGGAAAAAGAGGGUGGAAAAAAGAAAGAAAAAGAAAAAGGGGCUGUAAAAUCAUUAUGUUUGUUAGUCAAUUAUAUAAGGGAAAAAAAAAGUGUUUUGGUUUUUCUCCUACUUAUUAUUAUUAUUAUUUUUAAUUGUUAUUUAUUUACAGGUUUUGUCUA